CACACACCGCGAGUGUGACAGAGAGAGGAGGCUUCCAUCUCAUCUUAGUCCAUGCCACAGCGACACCAGAGCCACUCCAAGCUCCGGGAUGUACACGGCCGGACUCAGCCCGUUCUACGCGUCCAACUUCAGCCUGUGGUCCGCCUACUGCGCCGGGGGCUUCUCCGUGGACUCCAUGAAGAAGCCGUCCUUCUGCAUCGCGGACAUCCUGCAUCCUGCUGGAGACUCGGAGAACCUCCCGGGACCGGCCGCCCUCAUGGUCCACAUGGCUCCCCACCGUGUGCCCGGCUCCCCGCUGCGCCCCGCGCCCGUGCCUCCGGAGGCGGCGGUGUACGGCGGCGCGAGGGUCGGUCCCGGGGCCGCCUACCACCGACACGGACUACAGCCGAGCUCCAGGACCGCGUUCAACUCCCAGCAGGUCCCCGCGACCUCCAGCAAAGACCUCAAGUUCGGAAUUGAUCGGAUAUUGUCGUCAGAUUUCGACCCGAAGAGCAAAGAGAGAUCGUCCCUGAGAGAUCUCAGCAGCAUUGUUAGCUCCGGCCGUCAGUCAGGGGUCCACAUCAUUCAGCCGGCGGCCGGCCCUCAGUACUUCUCCUCCAUAGAGGCCGGCAUGAGCGACGCCUCCUCCAUGAUGAGCUCACUAGGCAGCGGCGGCGGCAGGCAAUCAGGCCAGCAUCAGUUUCAGGACUCCUUCCCAGGUCCCUACGCCGUCCUCACCAAAGACACCAUGCCACAGACCUACAAGAGGAAGCGCUCCUGGUCCAGAGCCGUCUUCUCCAACCUGCAGAGGAAAGGGCUGGAGAAGAGAUUCGAGAUCCAGAAGUACGUCACCAAGCCGGACCGGAAGCAGCUGGCGGCCAUGUUGGGACUCACAGACGCUCAGGUCAAGGUUUGGUUCCAGAACCGGCGCAUGAAGUGGCGACACUCCAAAGAGGCUCAGGCCCAGAAGGACAAGGACCAGUCGGACCAGAACCCGGAGUCCGCCAGAGACGCGAAAGAGCCGGUGGAGUCCGAGUGUGACAGCGAGGACAGAAGCGAGUGUGAAUCCGACGACGCUCAGGACGAAUCCGGCUCCGGACAAUUGGACGUUUCCGAGCUCCACAAAACCAGCGUGAUCAUCAGCAGCAGCGCCGCCGCCAGCAACGCGCCGCCAGCGGCCUCCGUCAGCGACACACCGGCGCCCUCUCCGGUGCUCGUAUAGUGACGGUGUCACGGACUUUCUGACUUUUCUUCGGACAAAUCUGCAGAGGCGGUUAUUUAAAUCGCAACAGUGUUAAAUAUAUUUUGGUUAUUUCUUUCUCCGGAAGUUGUAUUUAUUGA